CGGCGCAGUGUUCAGUGCAUAGAGCACAGUCGUAGUGACGGCUUCAAACCUUACGCGCCGUUUUCGUUUCGUUACGCGAUGAUGACGCGCGUUGAGUACCUGAAUACGCACGUGUUCCCCCGGGCCGUGGCCAAUGGGGCGUUCGGGCCCGACGCCUUGUACGAGUCGUUCGAGGUGGACAGCGACGUCGUGUCCGCCGACCAUUUCGCCUCGGACAUCGUGUUCGGUACGGUGAAGCUGCGGGACGCCGAACCCUGUCCGGUGGUGAUCAAGUUCAAGAACACCGACCCCAUUAUGUCGGCCAAGAUGAACAUGCACGAGAAGUUCUAUAACGAGUACGUGUUCUACUCGCGGCUGCUGCCCGAACUGGCCCGCCGGGCUGCCGAUCCGGAAGCGGCGUUCGCGCUGUUCCCGCGGUUCGUGUACUCGAACGUGACACACGAUGGCGGCGACGGUGACGACGAGCAGGUGAUCGUGGUGGCCAGCAUAACGCCCGCCGGUUACCGGAUGCCCGAGAAACGGAUAUUCUUGGACGUCGAACAUGUGCUGCUGGCACUCCGCAAGCUGGGAACGCUGCACGGGCUCUCGUACAAUGCCAAAGCGCAUCCGGACGGUCUGCGAACGUUCAUCGACUUGACCGCUGUUUUGGUCGAGACCCAAUGGUUCGACGGUUAUUGGUACAAGAGCCCUCGGUUUCUUUCGGGUACUGGUAACCGGGGCCUGAACGCGCUUCGCAACUCGGAAGUGGGCGGCGAGUACGCGGAUCGCCUGAACCGGAUUCGGGCCCUGUUGGACGGUAACAGCGAAACGAUGACACGGCUGCUGCGGCCGGUCGAGCCGAUGGCCGUGCUGUGCCACGGUGAUUAUUGCCGGAAUAACAUGAUGUUCCGGUAUGACGCGGACACCGGGCGUCCGGUGGACAUGACCAUGAUCGACCCUGCGCAGGCGCGGUACGCGUCGCCCGCCAUCGACCUGUCGUUCUUCUUGUACAUGAACACGACGGACGCUGACCGGCUGGCGCACUGGGACGACUACGUGGCCGCCUAUCUGGCUGGCGUCGCGGACGUCGCUGCCGACGGCUGCGCUGCGUUGUCGGUGGCCGAAGACGUGCACAACGAGAUGCGCGAAUACGUGAUGUACGGUUACGCGUACUGUUCGUUCUUUCUACCCGCCAUGAUCAACACCAAGCCGCCAGACGUGGAGAAUCUGGCUACGGUCACCGAUGACGAGCUCAUCGAUAAGAUCAACGAGUGCGGCGGCCCGGACGCCGAUCGCCUGCUCGCUUCCAUCGUCAAACACAUGGUCGAUCGCCGUUAUCUAUGAUCCGAGACCUGGUUCCAAGCCGAGACCGCGAAGCGCAGUGCCGCGGUUGUGGUAGUGACCCGUCGUUCCUCUAUCAUUCCAAUCGUCGGUCCUCGGUCAAACGGUGUAUACAAUUAUUGUAAUACGUUUCGAAUACAUACGUUAUCGUGUAAUACUAUAUUUCGGAUGUAAACUAUUAUACACUGCAUUGUUAUUAAUAAAUUAUAAUUACCUAAUGUAUACAAAACCGUGUUCAAACGUCCGUUGUAAUAUAUAACGUUCGUCAAUCAUUGAUUUUAAAUAAACGUGAAACUCUACGGUAGUUACAACUCA